AGCGCACAGACGCAGCAGACUGGACGUCUCACCUGACUGCAAAUAAACGAGUCAUGUUAAAUGACAAAACUUUCUUCACUGACGAGGAAUAAUUUCUGUCAUAUCUGACAAGAAGGAGACAAAGAUUAUGAGGAUCAUCUCUGACAAAUCCACUGUGCCAUCCCACUGACGCUCUCCAUGUGAUGCCUCACUUUUGCGCAACAGGUUCUGAGAGGUAAAUUCAACAUUAUCACCUCCGAUCAAUGUAGGAAGAAGAAGCAUGCUGUCCCCGUUUUGGCUCUUUGGCACCGAGCAGGAGAUCAACUCAUGGGAUGUAGUGGAUGCAGAGUCAGGUUCAACUUUGGCAAGGUGCUCUCCAAAGUCUCGGUGUUUUUUACCAUGGUCCUGAUCUUCACUUACUUCUUCUACUGCCUCACCGGAUUUUGCGAUUCGGCCCCGAGAACUUUAUACAGCCAACAAGCUGCAGACUAUGACCUUCUGGACGAUCAUCGCCGCGUUUUGGACGAGCUGCGACCGUCACCGCGUCUCCUCGCCGCCGACGCGCCGUCUCACCGGAACCGCACAGCUGCCUCCGCGGACGCAGAGCAGGUGGACGCGCCGGGACAGCUGCCUCAGCACAUGUCGGACAGCGCCAAGGAGAGCGCCCAGAGCAACGGCAUCCCCGUGUCCAACACUUUCGGGACCAAAAGGUUCCCGCAGGCGAUUAUAAUCGGCGUGAAGAAAGGAGGAACCCGCGCCCUGCUGGAGUUUCUCCGCAUCCACCCGGACGUGAGAGCGGUCGGCGCGGAGCCUCACUUCUUCGACAGGUUUUAUGAUAAAGGACUGGAGUGGUACAGGAACCUGAUGCCUCGGACGCUGGACGGCCAGAUCACCAUGGAGAAGACCCCCAGCUACUUUGUCACAAAGGAGGCUCCUAGCCGUGUCUGCACUAUGAACUGCCAAACUAAGCUCAUCGUGGUGGUCAGAGAUCCUGUGACGCGGGCCGUGUCUGACUACACCCAGACACUAUCCAAGAACCCAGGCCUUCCAUCCUUCCAGAGCCUGGCUUUAAAAAACUCCACCACAGGUCUGAUUGACACCACGUGGAGCGCUGUGCGCAUCGGCCUCUACGCCAAACAUCUGGAGAACUGGCUCCAGCACUUCCCCUUGUCUCAUUUUCUGUUUGUUAGUGGUGAGCGCCUGGUGUCUGAUCCGGCUGGGGAGAUGGGCCGGGUACAGGACUUCCUGGGUCUGAAAAGGGUUGUUUCAGACAAACACUUCUACUUCAACCAGACCAAAGGUUUUCCCUGCUUGAAGAAGCCCGAGGGGAGCAGCAGACCUCGCUGCCUCGGAAAGUCUAAGGGCAGACCCCAUCCCCAAAUCCCCGCCGAGGUCCUGCAGAGGCUGAGAGACUUCUACAAGCCCUUCAACCACCGUUUCUACCAGAUGAGUGGACAAGACUUUGGCUGGGACUAAUCGAAGAGCUUCCUGUCGUAGCCCAGAUCAAAGCCAGUUUGACUGUUCAAUGCUCCACAGGACUAACGUUCUCAGGGACGGGGUAGAGAAACACAAAGUCCACAAGCUGAACUCUGCCUCAGUGGACUCAACAUGACAUGCAGCACAUGAACCAUCAGUCACAGUUUAGUUGUAGAGUCGAAGCCGACACGAACACCAUGCUGCCAAUAUGCAAGUUACACACAUGGCUUAGUUAUUAAACCAUUAAACCAUUUUCUUGCCUGUAUGUUAAUGUUACACAGAAGUUAGAAGCAAAGUACGCACCAAAGGGAAAGGAAAAAACAUUGCCUUUGAACAUCAUCUUUUGACUUUUGUUUAUAAAAUAAGCUGAUAUUUAUAGAUUCUGUUGAUUUGAAAUACAACAGCUACAGAUUUCUUUUAUGAAAGAAAUGUAUUUAUUACACGACAAGGUAAGACAUAAAACUGAGUAUGUUUUCAUUGACAGGACAUUGGAGGAAAAAAUGUCCCACUCCAUGACAAACCACUAUGUCUUUUUAAUUAUUAGCAGUGUUACCUUGACUGCAUUUAUAUUUUCAGAGCAUUUACCGUUUCUAAAUGUCCUUUGAAAUGCUACAUAUCUUAGUUUGCUGUUGCAGGGUAUUUCUGUGCACAUUGCAGUUGACAUACCAAUGAUACCUCAUCUGUAAAUAUAUGACGUUACAAUAACCAGAAACCAUACAUUCCAUUUGUAGGCAUUUGUAGAUAUUUCUCCCCUCAGAGCCGCACAUAUUUUACUUGCCUUUGACAGUGCAAACUGUAUCUCCUCACACUCACUUUUAACAGUUACUGCUCUGACUCCAAAACCUUAAUUCUGACUCUGAUUCUUUGUGUUGUGAAGUAGUUUUAUCUCACAGAGUUUCAUCCGUUUUCAUUUCAUGUGUUACUGUAAAGCAAACUGAGAAUGUUUGUGUAAAGACUGUUGGAAGAAUGACACAUGCUUGGCCCUCAAAAGGU